AUGAGCAACGUGGUAACCCUUAAUUGCGAAACUGAUACGAAAGGAUACAAGGAUGUGCUGUUGUCUACUGCGGUUGUGAAUAUUCUUGAUGAACAGGGCAACGCAAAGCUGUGUCGUAUUCUACUUGACUCCGGUUCACAACUCCAUCUUAUUACAGAAGCAAUGGCAGCACUCCUUGGGAUUCAACGCGAGAAGUGUACAACCAGCUUAGUCGGAGUCAACGGCAAGGAGACCCAAAUCAAGCACCAAAUGACGGUGGUGCUUCAAUCUAGAUCUACAAGUUACCGUACCACCAUCGAAUACUUAGUUGUGCCGAGGAUCACAGGCAUACUUCCGGCUCAGAAACUCAACACUUCGGAAAUAGCGAUUCCCGAUCACAUUCGUCUGGCAGAUCCGGAAUUCUAUAAGCCUCAACGAAUCGAUCUUUUGAUUGGUUCCGAGCUUUUCUACAGUAUCAUAAUGACCAACCGUGUCGAACUGGGGCCCGGGCGUCCAAUCCUCCAGGAAACAUUUUUUGGAUGGGUUGUUGCUGGACCAAUCAAUGGUCGCUCGUCAUGUAUACAACUACAACAUUGCAACACGGUUUCAAUUGCAACGGAAAGUCGACUGGACGAGCUGGUUCAACGGUUUUGGUCUCUUGAGGAAGUACCAAUGGCUGCUAAGUUGUCACCUGAGGAGGAAUUGUGUGAGCAGCAUUAUGCUCAGACUACAACAAGAGAUUCAUCUGGAAG